UAUUCACCGAGUUGGUUCGCGUGACGUUGGAGUUUCCGAGAGCUCCGACGACGACGACGAGGUUCCGAACAGAUUGGUUGCAAUGGACGUUGCCUCUAUUGUUACCGCUGUUGCAUAGUAAAAAGUUAACGAGAUGAGGAAUGACAAUGAGUUUGUGACAGACUCUUGUCCCAUCAGACCACGUAAGAUCGGUGCGCAAAAUGUGGUCAUACGUCUUCGACAAAGGGAAACAAUGACGUGUUCCUAUCCGGGAACUCACGUUCACAAGGCGAGACAGUUCUAUCAGAACGUGUUUCCCAACUUCACUGUGAUGAAUGUCGAGAAACCGCCGUGUUUUCUUCGCAAAUUCUCACCAGACGGAAAGUACUUAAUGGCCUUUAGCGCGGAUCAAACUAGCAUUGAGGUUUACGAGUAUUACGGAGCCUCAGCCGCUGCCGAUCUUUUGGCCAACUGCGAGGGCGAAUACAUUGGCCAUAAAAAUGACAACUACAGUUUUCACAUAAGAAGUAAUAUAUUCUCGCGAUUUUUUAAGGUGAAAUGGAUUAUAAACAUAGUAAUGCAAAGCAAUCAUCAAUUGAACAGGGAGUGCAGCCUGUUUUCAGACGAUUCUCGGUAUGUAAUUGUUGGAUCAGCUGCCCAUAUCCCUGACGAACUGAGGCCGCAUUUUUAUCAGAUUUAUACCAAUAACGAGGCAUUGACGCCAAAUCCUAGGUCUCCGUUAGAAGAUUACAGUUUAUACAUUGUUGAUUUGAAAAGGGGAUUGUUAUGUGAUACCAAACAUUUUAAAGUGGACAAAAUUUACUUAUCACAUAACCAAGGUCUUUACUUGUACAAAAAUAUAUUGGCAGUUUUGUCUGUACAGCAUCAAACUAUUCACAUCUUUCAAAUUUUUGAUGGCAUGUUUAUUAAUGUUAGGACAAUAGGAAGGUAUUUUAUAGAUGGCACGUUUAUAAAUGUUAGGAAAAUAGGAAGGUUUUGUAUGGAGGACGACGAAUAUUUAGUCUCGAGUGUUUACACUUCGUAUCAGAGACCAUUCAAAGACGCUGCAAUAAAUAGCCUAAAACACAGACUGUUAGUGUAUCUGUACAAAAGAGCGGAGUACAUAAGUUAUGUGACAAAAAAUCCGUACGAACUGAGACGAUUUUACCAAUACUUCGAUCAGCUGAACUCGUUAAGAAUGUGGAAAAUGCAAUUGUUAGAUACGAAUCACAUCCUGAUAAGAUACGCGAGUGAAGAGGUGGCGACGUUGCAAGCAAACGAGCCGAAUGCACAGCCGGCGUUGUUGGUCGUUUACGAUAUGGUUGAGGCAAAAGUUUUGGCGGUAUAUGACAAUGCGUCUACCGAAUUGUUGACGCAUUUUGAAAACUUUAGUGACUUCUUCAGAAAUGCCAGAAUGACCACGGAUUGUCAGUACAUGUGUUCACCAUCUAAUAAUAUAUACGCCAGAUUGUUGCAACAGAGAUUCAAGCAAACCAUAAUAAGCGCUAGAUACGGGGGCGUUACGGAAGCGACAAAAAGAUUGCUCGCUCAGUUGCCAAUAUGCGCUCAGUCGUAUUCAAGUUCACCCUACCUCGAUUUGUCGUUGUUUUGUUACGACGAUAAGUACGUGUCCAUGAUGGAACGACCCAAAGCGUGCGGGGAACAUCCGAUUCGAUUUUACGCACGCGACUCGGGUCUUUUAAAGUUCAAGAUGUAUGCCGGUAUGUUGGGACGAACAGUGCCAACAACGGCGAGAAGAUUAGUCGCGUUUACUUUCCAUCCGACAGAUCCGUUUGCAAUUUCGGUGCAACGUACCAAUGCAGAUUACAUUGUCAGUUUUCACGUGAGACAUGUAUAAAAGUACUAAUCUGAAUCUCUGACUGAGGAUUCGUUUGUUUAUAUUUGCAUUGGAAGUUGCAUCAGAAAUAAAAAAAUUGCUGCCACACCAAAGUACAAA